UUGCAUCCACUCUGACACUUAGUCAUCCCUUGAGGGAAGAAAAAAAACCUAAUCACUGUUUGGAGAUCUAGAUUUUUUAUUUUUUUUUUAUUUUUGGUGAACAGACGUGGCAAACCACACCUUAAGAGACAGAAGCUUCCUUCCCAUAGGGGUUGUGCUCAGCUAAUCAGCUUACCAAGAAGCCAGCUGAACACCAGCAGGUUAGCGCUGGGCUUGCGACACACACGGGCGUCUUUAUCAGUGUUUUAUUGACAGACUCCCAGUCAUGGGGUUAUCUGCGCCGGUUUAUCAUCAAGCCCAUAAUCAGGCUGUCAUGGCGACGCUUUCCCUGAGAAAAGGAGCUUUAAGGGCACGCCAGAGGAAAGGAGUCACGAGUGAAAGAUCAGCCUCACCCACAUGGAAACACCUUUGACUAGUGCAAGAGCAAUAAAUAGCCUAGCAUAAUUCAUUUAUAUAACAUGAAUAAUUUAAUUUAUAUGAUAUGAAUCAUAUUUUAUUUCUCUCACAACUUCCUAUCUACAGUGGAUACUGAAAGAUGAUUUGCUUUCGAAUAGAACCAUCUGACUGAACCCUUUGCGACCAACGGGGGGCGCUGUGCUUAUUGUCCUUGCGUCUUCUGUUUUCCUGAAGGCGUUAGGGAGGGUUGGUCGUUUGCAAUGUGAAGCACAGCGAUUGGUUAACGGCUGCAUAUAUAAACCGGUGAAUGUCUUCGGCAGGAGUGAGUGUAGUGAUAGACUUUACGGGGCUUGACACAAGCCUGAGCCAGACAGGAAUCUCACCAAGGGAACGAACUGUGUAAAGAAAUUCAUUGUAAGCUUGUUUUUUUUUUAUCUACGUUGGUGGACUUGCGGACUGAUCUAAAAAAGGAAAUCAAUGAAGGAGAGAAGGUCUUGCCAAAAGCCAUCACUGAAUUCCGGGAUGGAUACCUCGCAGAGUGUGAAAUGCAAGAUCGUGGUCGUUGGGGACAGUCAGUGUGGAAAGACGGCUUUACUUCACGUGUUUGCCAAGGACUGCUUUCCAGAGAACUACGUCCCGACGGUGUUUGAGAAUUACACGGCCAGUUUUGAAAUCGAGACGCAAAGGAUUGAACUCAGUCUGUGGGACACUUCAGGUUCUCCGUACUAUGACAACGUGAGGCCUCUCUCGUACCCGGACUCCGACGCCGUCCUCAUCUGCUUCGACAUCAGCAGACCAGAGACCCUGGACAGUGUGCUCAAGAAGUGGAAAGGGGAGAUCCAGGAGUUCUGCCCCAACACCAAGAUGCUGCUCGUCGGCUGCAAGUCAGACCUGCGGACGGACCUCACCACGCUCGUGGAGUUGUCCAAUCACAGGCAAACACCAGUGUCAUAUGAUCAGGGAUCCAACAUGGCGAAGCAGAUCUCGGCGCCCUACAUCGAGUGUUCCGCUCAGCAGUCGGAGAACAGCGUUCGGGACAUUUUCCACGUGGCCACCUUGGCCUGCGUCAACAAGAACAACAAGAACGUCAAGCGGAACAAAUCCGGCCGCGCCAACAAGCGGAUUUCCCACAUGCCGAGCCGCCCGGAACUCUCGGCCGUGACCUCCGACCUCCGCAAGGACAAAGCCAAGAGCUGUACGGUCAUGUGAGCGGCACGCCACGGCUCGCCUCGCCUUGGCUCGCCGCAACAGAGGGAAAGGGCUUUGAACAAACGCUGGAGGAGUGCGGAGGUGGGGAGGGAGAGGGGGGGGGGGGUGGCGUAACGUGGAACAAGGCCCCCUCUACACCACAUGGGAGGUAACGCAGCGUUUGCUAGCGCAGAGGACGGGGGGGGGAACUAUGUGCACUUUAGAGCCUUUGCUGAACUCCUUCCAAAACACGGGGGAUUUGAAAUGACGCAACACGCCACAUAGCAGGAGUGCAUAGUGCCAAUGUACAGGAAAAUGUACAGAGGAGGGA